ACCAUUGGAAGAGCUCCUUGCUGCGACAAAGCUAACGUGAAGAAAGGUCCAUGGUCACCCGAGGAAGACGCUAAACUCAAGGCAUAUAUAGAGGAAAACGGCACCGGUGGAAACUGGAUUGCCUUGCCUCACAAGAUAGGGCUUAAGAGAUGUGGCAAAAGUUGUAGACUCAGAUGGUUGAAUUAUCUUCGACCCAAUAUCAAGCAUGGAGGGUUCUCUGAGGAAGAAGACAACAUAAUCUGCAGCCUUUACAUAAACAUCGGAAGCAGAUGGUCCAUAAUUGCAGCCCAAAUGCCGGGGAGAACUGAUAACGACAUUAAGAACUACUGGAACACCAAGCUUAAAAAGAAGCUGCUGGCCAAACUGCGACCACCACUGCAACCGCCGCCAAUCACCACCACCACCACUGCAAUCUCCAACUCCAUGAAUUCUCCAUACCCUUUUGAUUUUUCUUCUCCCCAAGAUCAUCUAUACGAGAAUUCAUUCAGUCAAGGGCUUGAUGGUUUCCCAGGUGAGCUUAUCUGCAGCAAUAAUCAGCAUAUAUUUAAUGGAUUUGAGGGUUUCUAUGGCGCAAACAACAUGGUCGACGGCGGCAGCUGCUGGGGAGACAUAAAUUCUGUUGGCUUUCCACAAGUUUAUUCCUAUGAUAACAACACUGUACAUGGGCGUCCAAAUUUGCUUUGCACUUUGAGAACUGCCGAGACAGGUGGACCGAGAGGACAGCUGGGUAGUCAAACUUUAUGGGAUACUACAAUGCAAAAGUUGGUUGAUCUUAACUCGGUGGGAUUUUGGGUAUUGGCAAAUGAUGAGCCAUUCAGUUUUAUUUUUGAGCAGGUUACAAAGCAGUUGGGUAAUUUCAUCGGGGUGUUUAUGGAGUUUGAUGCGAAAGUAGUUACUUUGGGAUAUAAGGGAAGUCUGUGA